AUGGGCACUGGUGGAGCUGUCGAGCUGUGCUACGAGAACCUGAAUGGAUCCUGUAUCAAAACUUCCUACUCCCCAGCACCCAGGAUGAUUCUGUAUGUGGUGUUCGGCUCCGGGGCUGUGUUAGCUGUGUUUGGUAACCUCCUGGUCAUGAUUUCCAUUCUUCAUUUCAAGCAGCUGCACUCUCCAGCCAAUUACUUGAUCGCAUCCCUGGCCUGCACGGACUUCCUGGUGGGAGCAACUGUCAUGCCCUUCAGUACAGUGAGGUCUGUGGAGAGCUGCUGGUAUUUUGGGGAGAUGUAUUGUAAAUUUCACUCUUGCUUUGAUGGGUCAUUCUGUUUUGCUUCUAUCUACCAUUUGUGUUUUAUUUCUGUUGAUAGAUACAUUGCUGUCUCGGACCCUUUGAUCUAUCCAACCAGGUUUACAGCGUCAGUUUCUAGAUUAUGCAUUGCCUUUUCCUGGAUUCUGUCAAUUGGUUUCAGUGUUUCACUUCUUUGCUCAGGGGCCAAUAAAGCUGGACUGGAGGAACUAGUGUCUGCUCUCUCCUGUGUGGGAGGCUGUCAAGUUCCAGUUAAUUCCAACUGGGUGUUUGUGAACUUUGCCUUAUUUUUCAUCCCCACACUUGUGAUGGUGAUUGUUUACUGCAAGAUUUUUCUGAUUGCUAGACAACAAGCCAGGAAAAUUGAAAGCAUGAUCUCCAAGCCUGAGGAAUCAGCAGACAGUUACAAAGAGCGAGUGGCCAAGAGGGAGAGAAAAGCAGCUAAAACCCUGGGAAUUGCAGUGAUAGCAUUUCUGAUCUCAUGGUUACCUUACUUCAUUGACUCCAUAAUUGAUGCCUUCCUGGGUUUUAUCACACCCACAUAUAUUUUUGAAAUUUUAACCUGGUUUGCUUAUUAUAACUCAGCAAUGAACCCCUUGAUUUAUGCUUUCUUUUAUCCUUGGUUUCGAAAAGCCAUUAAACUGAUUGUUACUGGCCAAAUCAUGAGAGAGAAUUCUUCAACAGUACUUUUAUUUUCUGAUUAG